CAGUCCAUUAAGCUGACUGCGCCUUCCUCCUCUGUUCCCCAGUGCGGCCUCUCUGUUCUCCAUCUCUUCCGGCGAACUUCCCCGGCGAACUUCCCCGGCGAAAAUCAAGUUAUAGGUUCCCAUCUUUGUUUAUACUUUUCUGUCAGUACUCUUCAAAACUCUAAUUUCUUCUUCUUCUUCUUCAGUAAUUUCUAUGUUUUUGAAUUUGGUGAUGCUCAGAAGGAUUUGACUUUUUCAUAGUUCCUUUUAAUUUUUUAUUGAAGUUGAUUACUUUCUUGCAUUCUUAUUUGCUUCCUAUAAUGGCUACAAAUUAUUAGAUACAGUACUAGUCUACUACCUCUUGAGUAUGAAAUAAAAAUACAAAAGGCCACAAUGAUGAGAUUUUUUUUAUUGUGUUUUGUAAAUUUUCAGUUCUUGAAAUCGAGGUCUACAAAUUUACCGCAUAUUUCUAAUCAUACAAGCAGCUGAUUUCACUUUCUUACAAUUCCGCCAAGCAUAUCCAAAAUCCAAUUCCUUAUGAGAAAAUUAUGCUUCCUCCAUCAAUUUCUCGCCUUUUCUUGACCACUAAGCCAGCCGAUAAGCCAAAAUUUGUACUCGAGAAGGUCCAUUUUUUUACCACUUGUUCAUCAUCAGCUGGAGAAUUCUUGAGUCAUUUGCUGGAAAGUAAAAAGGGGUCUGGUCUGGAGAAGUCUCUGAACACGGUUAAGACUAAACUAGAUGCUAAAUGUGUUAAUGAAGUAUUAGAGAAAUGCGCCAUUGAUGAUCCUCAUAUGGGUCUCAGAUUCUUCAUUUGGUCUGGACUUCAUCCCAGCUAUAGACACAGCAGUUACAUGUUCAGUAGAGCUUAUAAAUUGCUUGGAUUUGAUCGCGAACCACAAAUUAUUGAAGAUUUCAUUGAGGCUUAUAGGCUGCAGAAUAAAUAUGUUCCAAGUGCUAAGAUGUUUAAGGUUAUAUUGAAUUUGUGUAGAGUGGGAAAAGAUGCUACCUUGGGCUUGUGGGUAUUGAGGAAAAUGAAAGAGUCCAACUGUCGGCCAGACACGACAGUGUAUAAUGUAGUUAUUCGAUUAUUGUGCGAGAAGGGUGAUAUUAAUGAGGCUCUGUUUUUUAUGAGAGAGAUGGAUUCGAGUGAUCUUCAUCCUGAUAUGAUCACAUAUGUUGUGAUGAUUAAGGGGUUGUCUGAGGUGGGUCGGUUGGAAGAAGCUUGUGGAUUAACCAAAGCUAUGAGGGGACAUGGAUGUGUGCCAAAUACGGUGACCUAUUCAGCUCUUCUUGAUGGGAUUUGUAGGUUCGGGAGUUUGGAAAGGGCGCUUGAGUUAUUGAGAGAAAUGGAAAAAGAUGGUGGGCAGUGUAAGCCAAACGUCGUUACUUAUACUACUGUGGUUCAGAAUUUUGUUGAGAAAGGUCAGUCGAUAGAGGCAUUAAGUAUUUUGGACCAAAUGAGGGAUUUUGGUUGUAAACCAAAUAGAGUACUUAUCUGUACUUUGAUUCAGGGUCUUUGCAAAGAUGGGCAUAUGGAGGAAGCUCAUCAAGUCAUCAACAGAGUAGCUGAAUGUGGUAUUCCAUAUGAUUCUUGUUACAGUUUUCUAGUUUUAUCACUGUUUCGGAUUGGAAAACUCAAGGAGGCAGAAAUGUGUUUUAGGAGAAUGUUGGCUGGUGGCCUAAAGCCUGAUGGUUUGACCUCAAGCACAAUAAUGAGAUGGCUUUGUCAGCAGAGAAGGAUACUUGAUGGAUAUCACUUGAUUGACGCGAUUGAGCAGUCUGCAGGCGUAUCUUCUAUAGAUUCUGAUAUUUAUUGUAUACUUAUGGCUGGACUAUGUGAGGAAAAUCAUCUUGUUGAAGCUGCAAAGCUUGCUAGUCUAAUGGUAGGGAAAGGAAUUCAGCUUAAAGGUCCUUGUACUAAGAAUGUAAUUGAAUGUCUAGGACGUUGUGGCAAAGAAGAUUUAGCUUCAAGCAUUGGUAGUAUUAAGUGCUGAUGAAUGAUCAAGAUUGCUUUAAUAUCGUGAUCCUACUUGUGCCUCAGCAUUGUCAACAAAUAGUCACGUCACCGUUGAGAUUGACCCUCAAUUGUAUUCCAUAUUCCACCUAAUUGAAUUCUUUCCAGUUUUGUGCAAAAAAAUAAAAAAAUAAAUAGUUGGGCUUCUAGUCAGUUUGAUUGAUAACUCUUUUCAGAUUUCAACUUACAUCUCAUUUAUUGAUUUUGCACUCUGAUUUGUGUAUUGUCGGCCGACAUUCUUAUCCAGUGUGAGAUGGAAAGAACAGGUGAAGUGUUCCUUUGAAUAUUCAGUUGAGGUAACACUGAUUGGUGUAUUAUUUUAUAGCUAAUAACAUGGAAUAACAAUGCAUGGAUUAAAGCAAAUACUAAAUCUUAUAUCAUGAUUAUUCUAUACAACAACAACAGCAAUUACCCAGUAAAAUUCCACAAAGUAGGGUCUGGGGAGGGUAAUGUGUACGCAGACCUUACCCCUACCCUGAUAGGGCAGAGAGGCUGUUUCCGAUAGACCCUCGGCUCAGAAAAAAGAAAAAGAUAAAGACAAUUCAUUAGUGACUCCAGUAGAAACCAUAAUAGUAACAGAAGCAUAACAACUAAAAGAUAAAUGACAUACAAUAACAGUAACCGGUUACUAAGGCCCGGGGCUAAGAUAAACAGCAGGGAUAGUGUGGAUUCAACAUAAACUGCAAGCUAUCUAAGAUCAACCCUAAUCCAACCCUGCCUCACCCCCGGUAUGAAGUACGCAAAGCUCUACUACCCCCUAACCUGCAACCCUAAUGCUUGACCUCCAAACCUUCCUAUCAAGGGCCAUGUCCUCAGAAAUCUGCAGUCAUACCAUGUCCAUCAUGAUCAUCAUAAAACCGAAUGAGUCCUGAGUGAAGAAAUAUCCGAGACUUCAGACAUACAGUUUUCCAUCAUAGGAAAAGGACAUUCCAAGUUCAACGAGUUUACUCCUUUUCUCUAAGGAAAAGUACCUUGAGAUGCAACAGAGGGUCAAACAGAACAGCACUAUGAUUUGCUGAAUACACCUUUGCAGCUUUGUGUUCUUUUCUGCUAUGAUAUGCAUCUGCACUGAGCACGGAAGCUAUUGCUGGAUCCAGCAAUUCAUGAAGAGUUCACUAGACUGAAGAAUUUGGUUGAGGAGAAGGAUAAGAAAGUGAAGGAGUUGCAUGAUAACAUUGCUGCAGUCAAUUUUACCCCACAAAGCAAAAUGGGGAAGAUGCUAAUGGCUAAAUGUAGGACACUGCAAGAG